AUGUCGACCUACAGUGCUGCUAGCAGCUACACCACGGGCAGCACGGGAGCCCCCUCCGAGUCCGCCUCCACCGCAAGCUCGGCAUGGUCCGAGUACGAGUACCCCUCGUCGGAGACUUCCGAGACGGAGACGGAGAUCAUCGAGCUCGACUCGGCCUCGGACACGGACACGACCAUUACGAUUGACGACAGCGAGUCGUGCUACUCGCGUGCGCACAGCGUCGACUCCUCGGUGAUGCUGCUCGCCACCGUCCGUGGCACCACCCCGGCCGUGUCCAUCGACGGCGACGACAAGGAGCACAAGGUCAAGGCGGAGGCUAAGCCCAAGGUGCGACGUGCUGGAGCGCUGCGAAAGCUGAGCGAGUCCGAGCAGACGCAGAUUGUGAUGCUGCGCGAGAAGGGCUGGACGCUCCGUGCGAUCGCCGAGGUGCUCGACUGCUCGGUCAACACCGUGAACAGCUUCUGCUUCCGUCGCAGGCAGAAGAUGAACAAGCUCAUCGCCACUCUCCCCGGCGCCGGCGGCGCCAGCAACGCUCAGGGUGCUAUGUCGGGCACUACCCGUGGCCGUCGUGCUGGUGUCAAGAACGAGCGCGACGUUGGUAUCGGCGGUUACCGCUUCAUCAAGAAGGACGAGUCCUAA